UCCAAUAUGGAUCAUGGUCAACAAGUAUGUCAACCUUCCUCUUCUUCAACCAAAGUGGAAAGAAAGAUUGUUGAGAAAAUUAGGAGAAAUCAUAUGAAGAAUCUCUUUUCCAAACUCAACUCUCUUCUCCCUAAAUAUAAUCACAAGGAAACGUUGCCAUUACCUGAUCAAGUAGACGAGGCUAUAAACUACAUAAAGAUCCUAGAGACAAAUGUAAAGUUGGUGAAGGAAAAGAAAGAAGGUUUAAUGGAAAACAAGAGAUCACAUAGUGACUGCUCGAGUUCUUCUGAAGCAAAAAGAAACAUAAAAUCGCCCAAAAUUGAGAUUCAUGAAAUGGGUUCCUCUCUACAAAUCAUUAUAACAUGUGGGGUUGAUGAUCAAUUCAUUUUCUGUGAAAUUAUUCGAAUACUGCAUGAAGAGAAUUUGGUGGUCAUCACUGCAAAUUCUUCGGUGGCCGGAGACUCAAUUUUUCAUAUUGUGAACGCUGAGAUUCCGCAAUCUUUGCUUCAAUUUGGAGCAACCAAAGUAAGUGAGAGAUUGAAAAGGUUUGUGAACGGAUCAGGGAGUGGUAUAGAAACAGAGCCUCAAUUGUGGGAUUUUGAAAUUGGAACUCGGAGUUGGGAGCUUCUAGAUUCUAUAGUAACCAAGAGUUUAUCAAAUCCUUGAUCAAGAAGCAGAGAUUUAUAUAUUAAUAUACCAUAUGU